AUGCGUAACUUGACACUCUGGACAUCCUCUCAUGUCUCUCUGGCAGCAUCGGAUAUCGCGGAUUCUUCAAGCAUCACCGCCGUAGCCGUUGAUCUAGACCAGGAUUCGCUCUUAGCGGCUACGGAACAGAAAGAUGCCUUAAACGACGGUGAGGUGAACAUCACCAUCUGGAGAGCAUCGGAGGGCUCCGAAGGUGGUAUUCCGACUCUGGUCACCAGCUUCCCUACGCCAACCCAGCUUGCCGCCAAUCCAUGGUCUAAAGGCACUGCAAAACGCCGCGCGCAAUCAAAAGACGUGGAGAUAGUUCUGCUGCACGUCCUCCCAGAUGCGCAUUCCCUUGCGGUCAUCACCCGCGCCGGAGACAUCACCACCGUCGCGUUGGAUGAGGACGCGCCGUCGGCGGAAGUGGUUGGAUCGAUAGAAGGUGGGGUGAUGGGUGCGGCCUGGAGUCCAGACGAUACUCUGCUUGUCUUGGUCACCGGCGAAGACAAGUUGCUCCUCAUGACCUCAACUUUCGACGUCCUCUCGGAGGGUCCGCUGCAUCCCAAAGAGUUUGGCGAAGAUGCGCCUAUCAACGUUGGAUGGGGUGCGAAGCAUACACAAUUUCACGGAUCCCUUGGCAAGGCCGCAGCCACAUCGUCGGUCCCAUCUACAGCAGUAGGUGCGAGCCCGGACGACGAUGGACAUGUCCGUGUCAGCUGGCGCGGAGACGGAGCCUUCUUCACUGUCAGCGUCCUGGAGGGUGCGACGGAGACUGAUGCUAGGCCACAUCGGACAGUACGAGUGUACUCGCGCGAAGCUGCACUUCAGACUACCGCGGAACCCGUUCCCGGACUUGAACAUGCACUUUCAUGGCGCCCUUCCGGAAACCUCAUCGUCGCAACCCAGCGAUUUGGCAACAUCCCCGGCGAGACUACACAGUCGCCAGAUUCUGGAUCUGGACUUGGACAAGGCCGGGAUGGUAGACAUGACAUCGUGUUCUUCGAGCGUAACGGUUUGAGGCAUGGGGAAGUCACGUUGCGGGAAUCUCAGAAUAUUGAAAAUGCUGUGAGCGAGCGGCGCAGAUGGGGGUACCGUGUGCGCGAGCUCGGCUGGAGUUCCGACUCGAACGUUCUCAGCGUAUGGAUCGAACGCCAGGACGGUGACCUCGUGCAACUAUGGACUAUGGGAAACUAUCACUGGUACCUGAAGCAAGAGAUCACUGCUCCGCUAAGUGAGGAUGUUGCGCCGGGUCGUUUCACUUCCGUUAGAUGGCACCCUGAGGACGCAUCGCGUCUUAUUCUCACUACGUCAUCGAGCAUCAUCCAACGCACAUACGCCUGGGACAUGUUCGCGUCCCCGUGCCGGCCGCCCUUCGACUCGGGGUCCGUCGCAGUGAUCGAUGGCACCAACGUGCUGCUCACACCAUUCCGAAGUCAAAACGUUCCGCCCCCCUUGGCGUCACACACCCUCGCUCUCCAGCUCCCGCCCACUCUGCAGCCCACUCUGCCCCAGCGUACCCCGGUGCCCAUCCAUGCUGCGUUUUCGUCAGCGCGCGACCUGCUCGCCGUCUUGUGGGAGGCGGGCAUCCUUCAGGUAUACGACCUGCAAACCCGACUGGGCCCUGGACGCGGUAAGGUCGUGGACCCCGUGCUGGUCUGGUCAGGUUCGCUGGGGCCGAAAAGCUACAGACAGGUUGCGUUUGCUGCCAAUGGCACCGAUGCGGAUUUCCGCCUAGCGGUACUGGGAUCAGACCCCGGCGGAGACGCAGUCGACGUUGUCUCCGUCCUCGACAUCUCAGGGAACGAGGUCGUGCAGACCACGGAUGUGGCGUUCGUCGCGCACAACGGGCGUCUAAUUCCUUCGAGUAACAUCGCGUGGGAGGCCCCAGAUGGCGAGGUAUUCGAAGUGGAUGCUGGCACUAGAAGCGCGUCCGAAGUGGCGAAAUUCCCAGAGUUCUGCUUCUGGGCGGCCCACACGUUCGUGAGCACAGAUGACAGCGCCUCGCCUGCGUCGCUGUACAUUGGGCUCUCGCGAGGAGGCAAGCUACACGUCGUCAACGGCGACGCCUCGCGUAUACUGGCAACGAAUGCCAGCUCGUUCACGCUCACCCCCGGGUUCCUCAUCUUCACGACCACGGCGCAUGUCGCUCAAUUUGCACCCCUGAAGACGCUGGGUGCGCUCUCGGCGACCCCUGAAACACCUCUGCCGGAGUUCGAGUCGCGCAGGGUGGAGCGUGGGUCGAGGAUUGUGACCGUCGUGCCGAGCACGAUGAGCUUGGUCUUGCAGAUGCCGAGGGGCAACCUGGAGACUAUAAACCCGCGCCCGCUGGUCAUGGAGAUCGUGCGGCAGGACAUCGACAAUGGAAACUACGGCAAGGCGUUCGCUGCGUGCCGGAAGCACCGCGUCGACUUCAACGUGUUCGUCGAGCACGAUAAGGAGGCGUUCAUCAGGGGCAUACCGUCGUUUGUCGAGCAGGUGUCCGACGUGGACUACAUCAACUUGUUCUUGACGAGUCUAGGCCAGGGCCCUUUGCCCUCUGACGUCGUGGCACGCAUAUGUGACGAGGUCCGCGCGGAGCUCGAGCGGAAAGACCUCAAGACAUACGUCAACUCAAUACUGACCGCGCACGUCGUCAAGCGUCCGCCCGAUCACGAAGCCGGCCUCGCUCUCCUUCUGCGUUUGAAAGAGUCUGACCCGGAGCUCGUGGAAGACGCCGUCAAGUACAUCAUCUUCCUUGUAGACGCGGACAAGCUCUUCGACACUGCGCUCGGCAUGUAUGACUUUGCCCUCGUGCUGAUGGUAGCGCAGCACGCCCAGAAGGAUCCGCGGGAGUACCUCCCUUUCCUGCGCGAACUGCGUGCAUUGGACCAGCACUACCAACGCUUUCGUAUCGACGACCACUUGCGGAGAUACGAGAAGGCGCUGACUGGCCUCAGUCUAGCUGGCCCAGAGAGGUUCGAGGAGGCGAUGGCUUAUGUGGAAAAGCAUCAGCUGUACGACCAUGCCCUCUCAAUAUGGCGUGAUACAGACAAGUACCAGGCGGUGCUCAAUAUCUACGGCGAUUGGCUUUUCGAACGUCGAGAUUUCCGUGACGCCGCUUUUGUGUUCCGCCAGGCGAACAGGCUCGAGAAGGCAAUGAUCGCACACGAGAAAGCGCUAGACUGGCAAGAGCUCUUUGAACUGGCUGUGCAGCAAGCGCCUUCGGACGAGGAGUUGAAGGACACCGCGUAUCGUGUAUCUGGAUGCACAGAGGACCUCGUUACGAAGAAGCGGACGUCGGAAGCCGCGAAUGUACUACUCGACUACGCUAAGGACGUGCGCGCCGCCGUCAUAGCACUUGUUGAAGGGAGUCAUUUCUCUGAAGCUAGGCGUAUAGUUGUUUUGCAUCGUCACCCAGAGCUCCUAGAAGAGAUCAUCCAUCCCGGCGCCCUCGAGUGCCGCGCACGCCUUACGGAGGAGAUGGGUGAGAUGCGGGAGCAACUUCGGAAGCAAGUGAGCCGACUCAAGGAGCUUCGUGUUCGCAAGGUCGAGGAGCCUGAGGCUUUCUAUGGCGUCGAGGAUACGGACCUGCACAAUGUCGACGUCAUGACCGACAUUUCCAUGGCGCCGACGAUGUUCACACGCUAUACCGUUGCGCCGUCCGCUAUGUCCAAGACGUCUUCAAAGCGGAGUUCACGAUCCAAGCGCAAAAUGGAGCGUAAGGUGGGUUCUGGGCGGAAGGGCACCGUGGACGAGGAAGAGUACCUCCUGAAGUCCAUCGGAAAGCUUGUCACAAAAUUCAACACGACCCAGGCCGACUGCACGAGCCUCCUUCCUCACCUCCUUCAGUUCACCGAUGAGCAUCGAGCGGAGGCGGCUUCGCUGCAGCAGGAGCUCUCAGAGCUCGCCGGGGAGCUGACGGAGGUCGUAGAGGAAAUCUGGAAGAAAACACCCGAAAAUGAGGAAGGCACCGAAGCCGCGCCCGCGCCCGCGACGGACAGCUGGGCUGCGCGCAUGGAAGCACACGAGAAGCAAAAGCACAUCAAUCCCGUGGAUAAGGUGGCCAAGCCCGACCUUGCGCGGCCUGAAUGGAAGCUCAGGCUGCCCGAUGCGCGCGCCUAG